AUGGAAAAUGUUCAUUCUUUAUUUGCUUCAUGUGGAAUGUCAUCAAUUCGUUGGGUACAACGAUAUUCACAUUGUUAUUCAAUAUUAUGUUCAUUUAUGUGUAUUCCUUUAUGGAUUUUUAUCGUACCAAUUGCAUUUAUACUUGAUAUCUGUACUUAUUUGAUUGUAUCGAUUGUUUUUAUUAUAAGUUUUAUUUUAUAUAUUUUUAUCGCUCCAUUUAAAAUAGCAUUUAGAUUUUCAUCAUGUUCAGCUGCUUGGAAUCCCGUUAAUAUUUAUCGAUAUAGUUUACUUGAAGCAUUAAAGACAUCAGAAUUUAUUUUUAUGUUUUUUCAACUGUCUUGGUUAUUAUAUUGUGGUUCAGGUGAACUUGAAGGUGGUGCACCAAUAUGUUGUUCUUAUAUACCUUGUAAAGGAUGUCGUCGUGUAUGUAAUCAUGCUACUCAUAUUGAAAUAAAUGAGCAUACAUGUACUAUACUCUAA